CAACCCUCCUCUCCUUAUUCCGCGCCCCGACCCCGAUCCCAAACCCCUAUCACCCUUUCCCGUAGUGCGGAGCCGCCACUCCCCACCCCGCGGACCAUUUCGCAAACCUAGAUCCAAGCCCUCGUCGCCGGCCAUGGCCACCCGCCGGGCCAUCUCGUCGGUCCUACGCACCGCCUCCCGCAUCCGCGCCGCCUCCCCUUCCCCGUGCCCCCGCGCGCCGCUCCACCGCCCGUCCCCGGCCGGCUUCCUGCUCAACCGCGCCGCCGCCUACUCGUCAUCCGCCGCGGCGCAGGCCGCUCCGGUCACGCCGCCACCCACCUCCGAUAAGCACACCGGCACUAAGAUUACCGAUGAAUUCACCGGCGCCGGUGCGGUGGGUGAGGUGUGCCAGGUCAUUGGGGCCGUGGUGGACGUGCGGUUCGACGAGGGUCUCCCCCCGAUCCUGACGGCGCUGGAGGUGCUCGACAACAGCAUCCGCCUUGUGCUCGAGGUGGCACAGCAUCUCGGGGAGAACGUCGUCCGCACCAUCGCUAUGGACGGGACGGAAGGUCUCGUCCGCGGCCAGCGCGUCCUCAACACCGGCUCCCCGAUCACUGUCCCUGUUGGUAGGGCGACUCUUGGGCGUAUUAUCAAUGUUAUUGGUGAGCCAAUUGAUCACAAGGGAGAUAUAAAAACAAACAGUUACCUGCCUAUCCAUCGUGAAGCCCCUGCUUUCGUUGAGCAAGCUACCGAGCAACAAAUCCUUGUUACUGGAAUUAAGGUUGUGGAUCUACUUGCACCCUAUCAAAGAGGUGGUAAAAUUGGUCUCUUCGGUGGUGCAGGGGUGGGCAAAACUGUCCUUAUUAUGGAGUUGAUUAACAACGUUGCCAAGGCCCAUGGUGGUUUCUCUGUCUUUGCUGGUGUUGGAGAACGUACACGUGAGGGUAAUGACUUGUACAGGGAAAUGAUUGAGAGUGGUGUCAUUAAGCUCGACGACAAGCAGAGUGAGAGCAAGUGUGCUCUUGUGUAUGGGCAAAUGAAUGAGCCCCCUGGUGCUCGUGCUCGUGUUGGACUGACUGGUUUGACUGUCGCUGAGCAUUUCCGUGAUGCCGAAGGACAGGAUGUGCUUCUCUUCAUUGAUAACAUUUUCCGUUUCACUCAGGCAAACUCUGAGGUGUCUGCUCUGCUUGGACGUAUUCCAUCUGCUGUGGGAUACCAACCAACCCUUGCUACCGACCUGGGAGGGCUGCAGGAGCGGAUUACCACCACAAAAAAGGGUUCUAUUACAUCCGUGCAAGCUAUUUAUGUGCCAGCUGAUGACUUGACAGAUCCGGCCCCUGCUACCACUUUUGCCCAUCUUGAUGCUACCACCGUGCUGUCACGACAGAUUUCUGAGCUCGGUAUUUAUCCUGCUGUCGAUCCUUUGGAUUCCACAUCCAGAAUGUUGUCUCCUCAUGUUCUUGGCGAGGCUCACUACAACACUGCUCGUGGUGUUCAGAAGGUUCUUCAGAAUUACAAGAAUCUUCAAGAUAUUAUUGCCAUUUUGGGAAUGGAUGAGCUCAGUGAGGACGACAAGUUAACAGUCGCUCGUGCUAGGAAAAUUCAGCGGUUCCUUAGCCAACCUUUCCAUGUUGCUGAAGUUUUCACAGGCGCACCUGGAAAGUAUGUUGAGCUUAAGGAGGGUGUUCAAAGUUUCCAGGGUGUUCUGGAUGGGAAAUACGAUGACCUUUCAGAGCAGGCAUUCUACAUGGUUGGAGGAAUAGAGGAGGUCAUUGCCAAGGCUGAGAAGAUUGCCAAGGAGAACGCUUGAUAAGAAACUUCCUCUUUACAAGCAACCUGCAAUUUUAACCUUUUCGUGGUCAACCUGUUGUGCUUUUUACUGUCUGUUAGCCAGGAUAUGUAUUUAGAGGCAGGAGGCCCGGCCCUGCUGAUGGAUGUUUCCCCCCUCCACUUUUUCCCGAAUAAGGACUCGCAGUGACCUAUUUAUCUGGCUUACUGCCCUUCAAGGAAGAGAGUGUUCUCUUUUUGUGACACAUGAGCGGCCACACCGUGUGCUUGUUCUCGGUGAAAAAAGAAACUGAAAUAUUUGUCUCUCA